UUUUUGUCAAUCGAUAUUUAUCAAUCAAACGUCCCUAUCCGGAUCGUAACAAACCCGAAGAAAUGGCACGGUUGAUGUUGCGAAUAAAAGUGUCCAUGAUCCUGAUUGGAUUAUUUUGCACGCUUUACCUUGGGCUCCUGCCCCUAUCUGAGUGGUUUGAGAGGAAGGAUCUAGUGGCUGCACCCGAGGAAAUUGUCUUUGUCAACACAUCCGUGUGUCAUGUAAGUGGCCCAAGGAAUCCGGCGGCGUUUUGCUGUGCGAUUGAGCCGAUUAACAAGUUGCGGUGUCGCAUGCCUCAACUACUAACUGCGGUAACUCAGGACGGUAGCAAUUUUCUGGAGGCCAACAAGAUUUCGGAGGACUUGAAUUGUAGGUAUUGGCUGAAAUCUAGAUACACCCGCAUCCACUCAGGGCGGUACACAACGGAUGGACGAUUUGAUCUGAAAAGUGGCGCGAACAGAAAAAUUAAGAUCGGCACAGGAGAGCAAAUAGUUCGAAUUAGGUGCUCGGACAAGUUCAAUGAAACCAAAUACCACGACGUGCAUUAUUUUUUGCCUCCGCCUGAUCGCAAACUGAAGCCGACAGAGAGUCCUGAAAAAUUGUCAGUGAUGGUGUUGGGCAUUGACUCAGUAUCGCACAUGCAUUUUGUGCGAUAUUUUCCCCUUGUACAGUCCUUUUUAGAAAAUCACCCGCACACGAUGUUCUUAGGCUAUAGUCGAGUGGGCUUGGAUGCAAAUGCCAAUUUGGUGCCGUUUCUGGGUGGCAAAAGCCGGCGAGUAGCGGUAUCAGACUUUUUAUCCGACGAGAAAUUCUCUUUGUGGGAAGGCUUCAAGAUGCAAGGCUACAGCACUGCCUAUGGCGAGGAUAACGCCAAAGGGAUCCUCUCCGGAAGGAACGGGGACGAAGAGCUGCCCAAAAAUAAAGUCGAUUUUGAUUUGACUCCUGUACUUGUCGAGAUGGAUAAUCACACGCGUUAUAGCAUUGACCUGAAGGAGAGGAUCCACUGCACGGCAGGACGCAAAUUCCAAGAGGUUCUCAGGCACUUCAUCCUCCAGCUGGUACCCUAUAUGCAAGGAAUGCUCUUUUUUUCUUUUUUCUGGCAGUCGCAGGGUGUCGAAGAGUACUACGAAUACGCUUCGCACCUGGAUCUCUCCUAUAUGAUGCUUUUGAAGAAAUUGGUGGACGCGGAUAUUCUAAACAACACCCUGCUGUUUCUGAUGUCCGACCACGGCCUGCGAGCUGGAGAAUACCGCAUGAGCCUUCAGGGCAUGAAGGAAGAAUCACAGCCCUUAAUGGUGGCAAUAUACCCGGAAUGGCUAAAGCGCAAAUACCCCCUGGCAGUGGGGAAUCUUGAAGGCAACGCACAUAGCCUGAUCACUCCGUACGAUCUGCGCGAGACCCUGGCGGAUGUUUUAGUUCUCGGUCAACUGAAGAACGCCAACAUAGAGGUCGGCAUGAAGAGGCUCCAGUCGCAACCCGCACAUAAGUUGCCCAGGGGCAUCAGCCUCUUUCUCCCGGUUCCUGACCACAGGACCUGCGAGUUGGCUCACAUUCCUCCCCUCUUCUGCUUUUGCCGCGAACUCACCGAAAUUCCCACGGACGACGGACUAGUCCUUCGAAGCAGUCGCUUUUUGGUGGAGUCCAUCAACCAGCUAAUCAAGCCCUUCGGACAGUGCCGCCAGCUGAAGCUCGAAAUGGUUCUACUGGCCUACUUCUUGGACCUCGGCGACGAGUCCUUCGUCUACGAGUUGAGGCUGCGGGUGCGGACGACUCCGGGGAGUGGAGUUUUCGAGGCCACCGUUCGGCUCUCUGACGUUCUUCUGUUGACCAGUCCCAUUAGUCGGGUCAACCAUUACCUAGGGCAGUCCCACUGCGUCGGCGAUCCGGGCCUGAAAUUAUUUUGCUUGUGCGUUUGAGAGGUGUAUUUGGUCGACUCAUCCAAAAUAUAGUCACACAUUGGCAUUUCCGAGCUGGAAACCACAAUACCACCAGUCUAGUAAAAUGUUU